AUGAUUUCAUCAGAAUCACAAUCCCCAUCUCCAUCUAAUUCCCCAUCAUCUUCAAUAAUGCCAAAUUACUUUGACGAAGUAGCGGCCACAACAGCAGCCGCAUCCAUUGUCAAUCACAGUGAUUUGACCACUGUGUUUGAUGAAUGGCUUGCAAAUGAUCUCGCGGGUUUCAUUUCCGAGGGUGAUGAAGAUAAAUUCUCAUUUUUCCAAACAACAAACACCGCGACAACAGCGGGUGAUGAUUUAUCCACAUCAAGUGAAAAUUUGUCACCUGUUACGUCGUCAACGCUAACGACACCUAGUGCGAAUCUUGGGUUUGAUGGUAUGGAUACGCCAUUUGAUUUAAUCGAUUCUCCUUUAUUCGGUUCUACUUGCGAAUCAUUUUCCGCCAGCCCAGUUAUCGAUCCUGUUAUGGAUUAUUUCCCGGAACUUACUUUCUCAGAUCUUGCAUUCAAUGAAUUUGUAGACGGAGGAAGCUUGAGUCAUCAUCACCAUCAUCCUUUAAUUAAAAUGGCGCCAACUACUGCGGCUCUUAACGUACCCGUAACUAUUCCUGAUAACAACAGCAAUAAUAUUACAUCACCUUCGACAGCCAUUAAAUCAACGCCUCAACUAUCUUCUCCAAUGUCGACCGUGGCUUCUGCUCUUAAUAUACCAUGGGAUGGUCUCAAUGCCAUUAAUCCUGCUCUCGAUGAAACUGCCUCAGCUCUUGUAUCUGCGAUCUUGAACGUUAAAACUUCUGCUGCUGCUCGAACUCGUCCAAUGGUCCGAUCCCUUCAUUCAACUCGUCGUGGUUCCUCAAACGAUCAUCAUACUCAUAAUGCAUCUGCUCAAAUACCUGUCACGACAACAAAUUCUGAACCUGUAAUCAUUCCACCUACAUCGCACGUGAUAACACAAGAUCAAUCUGCUGAAGACAUGGAUCUUCAUAUGGUCACCAGUCCAACGUUUAAUAACAAAAUCAAUAACAAUGCUGUUAUAUCUAAUCACAGUAUCUCUCGUAAUAGUCGAAAGAGAGCACACAACGAUGUUGCAAAAGAUCCAAAUGUCAUUGCCGAUGAAUUGGCAUUAAAACGUGCAAAGAAUACUGACGCUGCACGUAGAAGUCGACAACGUAAAGUUGAGAAGAUGGAGGGACUCGAGAGAGACGUUGCGGAGUUAAAGCAUGAAAAUUCCGAAUUACAAACACGUGUCGCGGUACUAGAGAGUGAAAAGAAGGGAUUGGAAGAAAAAAAUGCCGAGAAAGAUGCAAGGGUGCGUCAACUAGAACAGCAAUUGAGUGAAGCUCAUCAACGGCUGAUCAACAAAAUAUAA